AUGGACGUUCAUUGGAAGGAAGAUCUGAGGAUGCCAUUUUUGCAACAAUCUGAUGAUGUUGGGUUAGAUGGUUCUAGGUCAAUUCAUAAUGUGGAUCAAGGGGUUACGACUAUUACGUUCAAAAUUGGGGGAGUCGAAUUUGCAUCAAGUUUGGCGUCCAUCAAAUCCAUGCUUCAGAAGCUGGAUGGCGUUGAUAGCAUUACUGUGUCACCACUUCAAGGCCAAGUUGUAGUUAAAUAUGUACCAGAACUUGUUAGUGCAAGAACGAUCAAAGAAACCAUUGAAGCUGCAGGAGUUCAAGUCACUGAGUUUCUAGAGCAAGAAAUAGCAGUAUGCCGCCUCAAAAUCAAGGGAAUGUCAUGCACAAGCUGCUCUGAGUCGAUUGAAAGUGCUCUUUUUAUGGUUGAAGGAGUAAAAAAAGCGGUCGUUGGUUUAGCUCUUGAAGAAGCAAAGAUAAACUAUGAUCCCAAUGUCACCAACACAGCUUGCAUCAUUGAAGCAGUUGUAGAUGCUGGCUUUGGAGCCGAUCUUGUUGGAUCUGAAAAUGAUGCAAACAAAGUUCAUAUAAAACUACAAGGUAUUGUAUCUCCAGAAGACAUGGAUGCAAUCAAGCAAUCUUUAGAGUUGGUGGAUGGUGUCAAUCAUGUUGAAAUGAACACAGAAGAAGGUAAGGUGACUGUUAGCUUUGAUCCAGAUUUGACUGGUCCAAGAUCCAUCAUAUCAUUCAUCCAAGGCAUUGGCACUUGUUAUCAAGCCAGCUUAUACAUCCCAGAAAGGCAACGUGAUACGGAGAGAAAUCACGAAAUUAGAACAUAUAGAUAUCAUUUUUUCUGGAGUUGCUUGUUUUCGGUUCCAGUUUUUAUAUUCUCUAUGGUACUUCCAAUGACUCCUCCUUAUGGGAAUUGGUUAAGCUACAAGAUUCAUAACAUGCUUACUAUUGGCAUGGUUUCUAGAUGGAUCCUCUGCACACCCGUGCAGUUCAUCAUUGGUCGAAGGUUUUAUGUGGGAUCAUAUCAUGCUCUAAGACGAAGAUCUGCAAAUAUGGACGUUCUGGUUGCACUUGGCACUAAUGCUGCAUACUUUUAUUCUGUAUACACAGUAAUAAAAGCAUUGCUUUCGGAUAAAUUUGAGGGCCAAGACUUCUUUGAGACUAGUACAAUGUUGAUAUCGUUUAUUCUUCUAGGUAAAUAUUUGGAAUCUAUGGCUAAAGGAAAGACAUCUGAUGCGUUAGCAAAGCUGACAGAUCUUGCUCCAGAUACUGCUUGCCUAUUGACAAUGAGUGAAGAAGGGAACACCCCUUCAGAAACAGAAAUUAACACACGACUAAUUCAAAGACACGACAUUUUGAAGAUCUUUCCGGGAUCAAAAUUUCCUGUUGAUGGAAUUGUUGUUGAGGGUCAGGGCUAUGUGAAUGAAAGUAUGAUUACAGGAGAAGCAACCCCAGUUGCUAAAAUUAAGGGAGACAGGGUUAUUGGCGGCACCAUGAAUGAGAAUGGAUGCUUAUUGAUCAAAGCCACUCGUGUUGGUUCAGAGACUGCACUUUCUCAAAUUGUUCAAAUAGUAGAGGCUGCUCAACUAGCUCGAGCACCCGUGCAGAAGCUAGCUGAUCAGGUAUCAAAGUUCUUCGUACCUGCGGUGGUUCUGGCCGCUUUUGUGACAUGGUUGGGAUGGUUCAUUCCUGGAGUAGCUGGAAUCUAUCCUAAAAGUUGGAUACCAAAGGCAAUGGAUGAGUUUGAACUUGCGUUACAGUUUGGUAUAUCGGUUCUGGUUGUGGCAUGCCCGUGUGCUUUAGGUCUAGCCACUCCUACCGCGGUUAUGGUUGCCACUGGCAAGGGUGCGUCGCAAGGUGUACUCAUUAAGGGUGGAAAUGCACUAGAAAAGGCGCACAAGGUUAACACAGUUGUAUUCGAUAAAACAGGAACAUUAACUGUUGGAAAGCCUGUAGUUGCUAGCGCAGUACUCUUUUCCAGAAUUUCAAUGGAGGAGUUCUGUGAUAUUGCAAUCGCUGUAGAGGCAAAUAGCGAACACCCGAUAGCAAAAGCUGUUGUGGAGCAUGCCAAGAACCAAUUGCCAAAGCAUAAAACUCAACCCAGCAACGGUGAACUGGUUAAGGACUUCGAGGCGCAUCCAGGAGCUGGAGUUGAGUGUAAAGUAGGAGCCAGAAUGGUUUUGGUUGGGAACAAAAGACUAAUGAGGUUGUUCAAUGUCCCUGUUGGCCCUGAGGUCGAAAACUACUUUUCCGACAACGAAAAACUAGCUCGCACCUGCGUGCUAUUUGCAAUAGACGGGAAAGUUGCCGGUGCUGUUGCUGUCACUGAUCCGGUGAAACCCGAGGCUCCACGGGUCAUAUCUUUUUUACACUCAAUGAGCAUUAGAAGCAUAAUGGUCACCGGUGAUAACUGGUCCACAGCAACCGCUAUAGCAAAGGAGGUUGGAAUCGAAAACGUGUUUGCAGAAACCGAUCCGUUGGGGAAAGCCGACAGGAUCAAGGACUUGCAGGCGAAAGGAAUGAUCGUUGCAAUGGUGGGAGAUGGGAUCAACGACUCACCGGCACUCGUUGCUGCUAAUGUCGGAAUGGCGAUCGGUGCAGGAACAGAUGUGGCAAUUGAAGCAGCUGAUAUUGUGUUGAUUAAAAGCAACUUAGAGGACGUUAUCACCGCAAUCGAUCUGUCGAAAAAGACGAUUUCUCGAAUCCAUCUGAAUUACGUGUGGGCGCUUGGGUAUAAUGUACUUGGAUUGCCGGUGGCUGCCGGAAUCCUGUUCCCAUUCACCGGAAUCCGGUUACCUCCAUGGUUGGCUGGAGCUUGCAUGGCUGCUUCUUCUGUGAGCGUGGUUUGUUCUUCAUUAUUGUUGCAAACUUAUAAAAAGCCGUUUGCAUAUACCAGAUAA